AUGGCAAAAGCCGACCAGAUGGACUUCAGCAUCAAGCCUGAGAAUGUGACUCCUGCAAUAUCUACCGAGGACUGGCCGCUAUUGCUCAAGAAUUACGACAAAUUGCUCGUGAGAACUGGUCAUUUUACACCUAUUCCAGCAGGUUGUACACCAUACAAGCGCGAUUUGAAGUCCUAUGUCUCCUCCGGUGUGAUAAACCUCGACAAACCAUCGAACCCUUCCAGCCACGAAGUUGUUGCGUGGGUCAAGCGCAUGCUUAGAGUGGAGAAGACUGGUCACAGUGGUACUCUCGAUCCCAAAGUUACAGGAUGUCUCAUUGUCUGCAUAGAUCGCGCUACUCGGCUCGUCAAGUCGCAGCAGGGCGCAGGAAAAGAGUAUGUGGCUGUGGUGAGGUUUCAUGACAAGCUGCCUGGAGGUGAAGCUCAAUUUGCCAGAGCACUGGAGACUCUCACUGGAGCACUCUUCCAACGACCUCCAUUGAUCUCCGCCGUCAAGAGACAGCUGCGUGUCAGGACAAUUUACGACAGCAGGCUGAUGGAGUUUGAUAACGACAGACAUCUCGGUGUAUUUUGGGUUAGUUGCGAAGCAGGCACAUAUAUUCGUACCCUUUGCGUACAUCUAGGAUUGCUUACUGGCGUCGGUGCUCAUAUGCAGGAGCUGAGAAGGGUGAGGAGUGGUGCUAUGGACGAAAGCAAGCAACUGGUCACUUUACACGACGUCUUGGAUGCGCAGUGGGUUUACGACAACAACAGAGACGAGUCGCACUUACGCACGGUCAUAUCCCCACUUGAGAGCUUGCUUACAACGUACAAAAGAAUUGUGGUGAAGGAUAGCGCGGUCAAUGCUGUUUGCUAUGGUGCCAAGCUCAUGAUACCUGGUCUGCUUCGAUUCGAAUCUGGCAUCGAGGUGCACGAGGAGGUUGUUCUAAUGACGACCAAGGGAGAGGCUAUCGCGUUGGGUGUGGCGCAGAUGUCGACUGUAGAGCUCUCAACAUGUGACCAUGGCGUGGUGGCCAAGGUCAAACGAUGCAUUAUGGAGAGGGAUUUGUACCCACGAAGAUGGGGCAUGGGCCCUGUGGCGCUCGAGAAGAAGAAGAUGAAGUCAGAAGGCAAACUUGACAAAUAUGGCCGAGCAAACGAAAAUACUCCAGCCAAAUGGAAUGCCGAAUAUCAAGAUUACAAUGCGUCGGAAGACCCAUCAGCGAACGACGGCCCCGGCGCACCACUCACAUCUGGUCCCGGUCUUUCCGAGACUACCAGCAAAGCUGAUGUAUUGGCAGCACCACCAGUCGCUCCUACAGGAAGAGCUGAGGAACAAGACCCAAGCAUACCCGCCAUACCACAGACGAACGGCGAUGACACGAAGAAGCGCAAGAGCAAGCACGAAGGAGAGACACCAGAAGAGCGAGCCGAACGCAAGCGCAGGAAGAAGGAAAAGAAGGAGAAAAAGGAGAAGAGAAAGAGUGGCACAGGCAAGGCCGAAGAUUCCGACAGUGACUGA